GGUUAUUUACUUCCGGUGAAAAGUGUUGUUUUUUAAAAGAAAAAAAUCAAUAUUUACGUGAAAAUGUGGCUCUAAUCAAAACGUUUGAGUCAUGAGUAUUGUUGAAUAAAGUUUUCUUCAACGAAAUUAUCCGAUCUAAAGUCUGCAAAUAUCGCAUAUGUAUGAAAAAGGCCGCCAGGUCAUUUACCUGAGAAAUCUUAAAUAAAAAUUUAUGCUGUAAAUUAUACGUAAUCUGGAUCUAUUACCAGGAAAUCAACAAAUGAAAUGGGGGAAUCAUCAAAAAGCAUGCCGCCAGCAAGUUCCACAGUUGAAAGCAGUGGCCGUCCAGCAUCAAUACACUGGUUCCGGCAUGGCCUUAGACUUCAUGACAAUCCAGCUUUGAUUGAAGCUCUAGAAUUUGGGGGAGAUUUCUACCCAAUCUUCAUAUUUGAUGGCGAAGUUGCUGGGACAAAGACAGCUGCUUACAACAGGAUGAGAUUUUUGAUAGAAAGUCUCGAGGAUUUAGAUGAGAGUUUGAAAAAACAUGGUGGACGUUUGUACAUAUUCCAUGGAGAUCCUAUCAAAAUUUUGUCUAAACUUUUCAAAGAGUGGUCAGUGGGAAAACUGACAUUUGAGCAGGACCCUGAGCCAGUCUGGACAUCAAGAGACAAUGCGGUGAAGAAGUUGUGUGAAGACUCUGAUGUUGACUGUGUAGAGAAAAUUUCCCACACACUCUGGGACCCUAAAGCUAUCAUUGAGAACAAUGGUGGAUGUCCUCCCCUGACUUACAUGCUGUUCAAUCAAGUGGCCAAGAUGGUCGGGGAUCCGCCCCGGACCUGUGCUGAUCCAGACUUCACCAAGGUCACCAUGCCAAUGAGUGACAAUCAUAAUGAUAAAUUUGGUAUACCAUCGCUGGAGAAACUAGGAGUAAUGCCAGAGUGUGUGGAGCAAAAUGACAGGAUAAACAAUUGGAAAGGAGGCGAGACUCAAGCGCUGAGGCUGUUUGAGCACAGAUUAAAAGUGGAGGAAAUGGCGUUUAGUUGUGGCAGCGUAAUGCCCAACCAGAGUUAUCCCGAUCUUUUAGGCCCUCCACUCAGUAUGAGCGCUCACCUGAGGUUUGGCUGCCUGUCCAUUCGUAAACUGUACUGGGCCCUCAGAGAUGCCUUUACAAAAAUCAACGCUGAUAGACCUUUCACAGUGUCAGUGGUAGGUCAAGUGAUGUGGCGGGAAUAUUUCUACACGAUGUCCGUCAACAACAUUAAUUAUAACAAAAUGGCAGACAACCCUAUAUGUCUGAAUAUCCCAUGGUACAAAGAUGAAGAAAAACUCAAGAAAUGGGAAGAUGGUGAGACAGGGUAUCCUUGGAUUGAUGCCAUCAUGAAACAACUGAAGCAUGAAGGAUGGAUUCAUCAUGUGGCAAGACACGCUGUGUCAACAUUCCUCACAAGAGGUGAUCUCUGGAUAAGUUGGGAAGAUGGACUGAAGGUGUUUGACAAGUACCUUCUUGAUGCUGAUUGGUCAGUUUGCUCUGGUAACUGGAUGUGGAUGUCAAGCUCCGCCUUCGAGAAAGUGCUUAGCUGUCCUAAAUGCUUUUGUCCUGUGAGAUAUGGCCGAAAGAUGGAUCCCAACGGGGAAUACAUUAAGUAAGUGAUCUAAGUAGAUU